AUGCAUUUAAACUCUCGCGUCCACAAGGGAGACCAGAUAGGCUGCCCCUUUUGCGAGAAAGGCUUCACAGCCGCCACUGGACUUACGCAUCACCUUGAAAAGGGCUCCUGUCCCAACGCCCCCGGUCUCAGCCGUGACAAAGUAUACGAAAUCGUUCGAUCCAGGGACCCCCAGGGUGCCAUCUCUAAGAAUCUAUUAGGCUGGUACGGUUCCGUCGAGUAUGCGGCCACGGAGAGGUCCUGGAAUGGUGACGCUUACGAAUGCUAUAUUUGCCAUCGAGAGUUCAACCAGUUAAAUAGCCUCAACCAGCAUUUGAGCUCUCCUACUCAUCAACAGAGUUUAUAUCAUUGUCCUAACACGGCGUGUCGGAUGGACUUUAAGAACCUUGCUGCGAUGAUCAAUCACUUAGAGAGUGAAUCAUGUGGAUUCAUGCGAUUUGACGCUGUCCAGAGAACCAUGGGCAACCUAAUCAGUAGUAAUCGCCUUUUAUCAUUUUAA